GCGCCGGGUCUCCACGUGUCUGUUUCAGCACAUGACCUCUCCGCCAUUGACCUCUCGCUCAUGGAGAGCUGCGGACGGGAGGGUUGAAUCUGUCUGUUGAUUUCCGUGCAGCGAGCACUUUGUAUAUAUUGUAUCUGUGUGUUUGUGUCUGUGUGUAUUGGCGUCAUUGGAGGAAGGAUGUGGGGGUUUGGGGAAGGUCUGCACUAGUAAAUAGAUCAGUAAAAGCCGCGUCAGCGGUGGGAAAGAGUCGUUUGCGUGCUGAGAUCAGUUGAGGGUGCUAUUCUGUGCCGCCCCGUCCUUUAUGGGGUUUGUAAGAACAGACUUUGUGGACCCCUAUCAGGCUAAAGUCAACCAAAGCUCAGGAUUACGGGACUGCAGUAUUACAGAGAAAGGCUGUAAAGCUCUGGUUAAAGCUUUGAAAUUAAAUCCUUCACACUUGAGAGAGCUGAAUCUGGAGGACAAUGAACCAGGAGAUUCAGGAGUGAAGAUGCUUUCUGCUCUACUAGAAGAUCCUCACUAUAAACUGGAGGAACUACACAUCCGAAGACGAUCCACACAUUAACUGGUAGGAGCCUCUCACACUCAGGGCUUAUGAGCAGAGGACGACGUCUCAUAGAACCUGUCUUGGUGGUCAAGUUUGGUCAGUUGUUUUCCUGUAAACAGUGGCUGCAGCUUGGACAGUACGUCUGUCAAACUUCUGACAUUUGAGGAUGACCCCACAUUGUUUAGCAGGACACAAGGUGCUUCAUCUCCUCCCAAAGUGCCUGGACUCCACAUCAACCCUCUCAAACCAGUGGAAACGUUGACAGACUUUCAUAAACUCACUCUAGAAAUCAAGACUUUCUGAUCUGCACUGUUUAAGCAGAUACAUAGUAUACGUGGUUGUAGUUUUCCUCCUCAUGGUCAGUUGUUCUGUAUUCAGUUUGAGUUUGAUAUGUACUUUAUGUAAUGCCUUUAAAUCAUUUUAUACAUUGUUUUUCUUCACUACACUCAAUAAUAAAAGUCUGUGGACAUGAAAUCAUCCUGAAAUCAUCA